GACGCAAAAGACCAUUGCUACAUCCUACUCUUCCCUUCUUGGUAUUCAUGGACUUCCGGUCGAUUUCAACACACUUCAAUGCGAGAUGAUUGCGACAAAACUCAUCCGGAUAAUGGGUACCAGGAUCGUUCAUCUCUUCAUUACCUACUCUCCUCAAACACACUCGUAUUUUGUGUGAUGACCAGGUUCGUAUCGAAUUUCGUCACUCUAGUGCGAGUUUUCAAAAGACUAUAG